AUGGCAAUUUCCUUUCAACAGGGAGAGUUAGGAGAAGCUGGAAUUCUAGGAAAAGAAGGUGACCAGGGUGAAAAAGGAUUAAAAGGACCAAAAGGGCAGGUUGGUGAUAGAGGACCACCUGGCCCACUUGGAAUUGUGGGUAACAGAGGUCAACCUGGGGAUGCUGGAGCCCGAGGACCAAUUGGAGAAAGGGGUCCAAUUGGAGAUGAUGGUCUUAUUGGAGAACAUGGUCCACCUGGUCCUCCUGGGCCUGCUUACCCAGCAGCUCGUGUAAUCGAAGUUUGCAAAAAAGUUUUCCUGGAGCAAAUGUCAAUGUAUGCAAGCAUAGUGAGAAGGAAAUGUGCCAGUGCAUGUCCACUAUAUGGAGAUGUUCCAAUGGGACCCCCAGGACCACCUGGUAGGUCUGGCCCCCCUGGACCAGAUGGUAAAUCUGGACUUAAUGGACUAGAUGGAGAACAAGGACCUGAAGGUUUUUAUGGAGACUCAGGAGACCCCGGCAAAAGAGGAUCUAAAGGUGAACAAGGAGAAAGAGGGGACAAGGGUGCUAAAGGAUAUGAAUUGCCAGGUCAUCCAGGAGACUAUGGUCCAAGAGGGGAGCGUGGUAGACCAGGUCUGGCUUUUGAUGGAGUACCAGGUCUUCCUGGCCCAAGAGGCCAUAUGGGACAGCCUGGCUUGAGAGGUUAUCCUGGUGAAAGGGGAUCUCCAGGCCUGUGUGUGACAACAGGAUGCGACAGCGAAAGUGGAGAAGCUGAUGCUACACAUGAAACAGAAUGAACAUCUCAGAAGCAAUCUUAAUUUAAAGACAAGAACAAGAAGCAUAGCAAAGAGCUGGACAUGUUUUAAUCAUUAACAUGCUUUUCAUUCUAACAAGUUAUAAACUUCAAACAAACAUGAUGAGUACAUGUUAACAGUGAUGAAACUGAUUU